UGUCCACAUGGAAGAAGAAGACAGUCUGGAAUAUUGCAUGCCUGUGAGAGUUCACAAUCCAGGGCCUCUCAGCUUCUCUCAGUAAACCCAACUUUCUGCUCACAGACAAAUGGAAAGGGAAAAUCUGACAGGCAUCUCAGAAUUUUUUCUCAUGGGGCUCUCUGAGCAGCCAGAGCAGCAAGAAGUCCUCUUUGUGCUCUUCUUGUCCAUGUACUUGGUCACUGUGGCAGGUAACCUACUCAUCAUUCUGGCCAUCAUCACUGAUGCUCAACUCCACACACCCAUGUACUUCUUCCUAGCCAAUCUCUCUUUUGCUGAUGCCUGCUUUGUGUCCACCACGGUUCCUAAGAUGCUGUCAAACAUAUGGAUCCAGAAUCAAGUCAUAUCUUACUCAGAGUGUCUAUCGCAACUAUAUUUUUUUAUGUUGUUUGUAAUGCUUGAAGCAUUUCUCUUGGCUGUCAUGGCCUAUGACCGCUACAUGGCCAUAUGCCACCCACUUCAUUACAUCUUGGUCAUGAGCCCUGGGCUCUGUGUCUUCCUAGUGUCUGCAUCCUGGGUCAUGAAUGCCCUCCACUCCCUUCUACACACACUUUUGAUGAACAACCUGUCCUUCUGUGCAGACCAUGAGAUUCCACACUUCUUCUGUGACAUCAAUCCCCUUCUGAGUCUCUCCUGCACAGAUCCCUUCAUCAAUGAGCUUGUAAUCUUCUCUGUUGGGGGUCUUGCAGGUCUGGUUUGUGUGCUUUGCCUGGUUAUCUCUUACACAUACAUUUUCUCAACCAUCCUGAAGAUCCCCUCAGCUCAAGGGAAGCGGAAAGCUUUUUCUACCUGCAGCUCUCAUCUCUCUGUGGUCUCUCUCUUCUUUGGGACUUCUUUUUGUGUUUAUUUCAGCCCUCCUUCAACCCGCUCAGCACAGAAGGGCACAAUUGCAUCAGUAAUGUACACAGUGGUAACUCCAAUGUUGAAUCCAUUUAUCUAUAGUUUGAGGAACCGAGACAUCAAGUCUUCCCUGAGAAAGCUAAUUUGGGUUAGAAAAAUCCACUCCCCUUAA